UCGUGCCCAUCUGCCAUGGACAGUGAAGCUUUAAAUGCAACAGAUGAAGGAUUUAACGAAAUUGGAACAGAAUAUGAACGAGAAACAGGAAUUAAACUAAAUGAUUUAACGACAGAGCAAAAAUUUGAUAUCAUUCAGCAAUUGUUCUCUGAACUGCCCACUAGCAAGCUUUCACAGCUUUAUGAAAAGCUAGGAAGUCUAUUGCACAAAGAUUUUCUUGAGGUUUUGCCUGUUGAAAUUUGUUUCCAUGUGUUCCGGCUGCUGGGUGGCCGAGACUUGGUGAAUUGUGCUCGGGUUUCCAGAAGUUGGAAACAGUACGUGGAUGACCCGACGCUAUGGAAGUGGUUGUUUGAACGGAAUGGCUGGACGCUCAAUCGAAGCGUUGUCUCAGAAUUCGAGGAAUGGAUUCGUAUUCGGUUCUCCUUAAAUUCUAGCAACUCAAAAAGCAACUUGGAUGAGACAUUAUACAGUACCUAUAUGGGCCCCCGGGGUACUCAUUUUGCACCUUGUCAUUGCUAUGUCCGUGCAGAUGGAAGCAUCUGUUUAAAUUGGAAGUAUUUAUACCAACAACGGUUACUUCUUCAAAGAAAUUGGACAAAUGGAAAUUAUGUACUUACACGGAUAGUGUGCUCGAACAGACUACACAUGGACAGUGUGUACUGUGUUCAAUUUGACGACCACUUUCUUUUCACAGGGUCGCGCGACAAAACAAUCCGGGUAUGGGAGCUCCAGGCUCGGCGAUUGCUGUAUGUACUCGCAGGACAUACCGGAAGUGUUCUCUGUUUACAAUUUGACAAAAAACGGAACCUGUUGGUUUCUGGUUCCUCAGACACGACUAUCAUUGUUUGGGACCUGGCCACUCUAAAGCCCUUGCAAACAUUCCGUGGCCAUACAGACAAUGUAUUGGGUCUCGUGUUUCAAGAUGACUACAUUAUUUCUUGUUCAAAAGACCACACAAUUCGAGUCUGGCAGUACGGAGCUGCUGAUGAAAAUGCAUGUUUAUAUGUGCUUCGUGGGCAUCUGGCUGCUGUCAAUUCUGUCCAGUUUAACUCCAAAACACAUAUGAUCGUGAGCGCCAGUGGUGAUCAUACAAUUCGCAUCUGGAACGUAAAAACAGGUCAAUGCCUUGGUGUGCUACACGGACAUAGACGAGGCAUUGCCUGUGUUCAUUACGAUGGAAAAAAUAUUAUAUCAGGCUCUUCAGACCUAACCGUUCGCAUUUUCGAUGGAAAAACUGGCCUCUUACUUCGUUCAUUAGAGGGACACUCGGAACUUGUCCGGACAUUGCAAUGCGAUAUUGAAAAGGUUGUCACUGGAAGUUAUGACGGAACCAUAAAAAUAUGGGAUCGAAAUUCCGGAUCACUUUUGUGCGACUUAGGCAACAAACACGGAAGCCGCAUUUUCAACUUACAGUUCGACCACAAAAGGCUAAUUAGCUGCAGUCAAGACAGCCAAAUACUCAUUUGGGACUUUGACUUAGGCGUUGAUGGGACGUUUUUUUAAUGGUUUUCUAAUGUUUUUGUUUUUGUCUUUUUUUUUUCAUAUCUGCUGCUUUGACUAUUAAGGUUCUUUAGUUCUUUUCUUUUUUUUUUUCAAAUUGUUUCUCAGUAAAGCAUCCUUUCCUUAUCUUU